GCGUCCCGCCUCCCGCGCGCGGCGCGUGUGUGGGCGCCGGGACGGAAGCUCGCCCGGGGCCGGGAGGCCGCGUUCCCGCGCGCAGACGAUGGAGGCCGCGCUGGCUGUUCCCCGGCUGCCGCCGCACGACCCGGGGACGCCCGCGCUGUCGGUGGUGGACAUGCACACGGGCGGCGAGCCCCUGCGCAUCGUGCUGGCGGGGUGUCCGCAGGUGGCCGGCCCCACGCUGCUGGCCAAGCGGCGCUACAUGCGCCAGCACCUUGACCACGUGCGGCGACGGCUCAUGUUCGAGCCCCGCGGGCACCGGGACAUGUACGGGGCCGUGCUGGUGUCCAGCGAGCUGCCCGAAGCGCACCUGGGCGUCCUGUUCCUGCACAACGAGGGCUACAGCUCCAUGUGCGGUCACGCCGUGCUGGCGCUGGGCCGCUUCGCGCUGGACUUCGGGCUGGUGCCCGCGCCCCCGCCCGGCGCUCGGGAGACCCGCGUCAACAUCCACUGCCCGUGCGGGCUGGUGGCCGCCUUCGUGGAGUGCGAGGGCGGCCGCAGUCGCGGCCCGGUGCGUUUCCACAGCGUCCCGGCUUUCGCGCUGGUCACAGAUCUCCUGGUGGACGUUCCCAGCUAUGGAAAAGUGGUAGUGGACAUUGCAUAUGGUGGUGCAUUUUAUGCCUUUCUUAGUGCUGAAAAGUUAGGACUGGAUGUUUGUUCUGCAAAGACAAGGGACCUUGUGGAUGCAGCAAGUGCAGUAACAGAAGCAGUGAAAACUCAGUUUAAAAUCCAUCAUCCUGAUAGCGAAGAUCUUGCCUUUUUAUAUGGAACUAUAUUAACAGAUGGAAAAGAUGCUUAUAGUGAGGAACCAACCACCAAUAUUUGUGUUUUUGCAGAUGAACAGGUGGAUAGAAGCCCUACCGGCUCAGGUGUGACAGCCCGAAUUGCCUUACAGUAUCACAAAGGCCUUCUGGAACUGAACCAGGCCAGAGCCUUUAAAAGCAGUGCAACUGGCUCAGUAUUCACAGGAAAGGCUGUGAGGGAAGCAAAAUGUGGUGAUUUUAAAGCUGUUAUAGUGGAAGUAUCUGGACAAGCCCACUACACAGGCACAGCAAGUUUUGUGGUAGAAGAUGAUGAUCCACUGAAGGAUGGGUUCCUUCUCAAGUGACUCCUCUGACUUACUUAUAAGGGCUUUCUUUGUAAAGCAAUUAUUAUCCAUAAGUAAUUUUUCUCUAAAUUAUGUGAAAAAUUGUAUUCCAGUUGUACAUGUGAGACAACCUCCAUUCUUUCUAAAUAUCACUAAAAAUGACACACUUUCAGAAUGUUUUUCUAGUUACUGAAAUAUCAGGUACAAUUAAAACUUCAAUUAUUACUUUAAAAAUAUAUGAUUAUGGGGAUUACUAUUGAUAUAUAUUUUAAAUGUUCAUUGAAUAAUGGCUUAAAUUGUAGCUCUUACAAUGACUCUUUCAGAUUUAUUAUUGUAUUCUUCCAGCUUUUCAGUAAAAUAAUGCCCUGUUUUUAAGCAGCAGGCAAGGGAGAUGAAUUAAUCUAAGGUACUUAUCAUCAAAUUUCUCAAGUCACAUUAUUUUGAAAAAAAUAUAGUUAAAAGGUUACAUUUUAUAACAUUUUACAAUGUGCACUACUUUAAUAAAGGGCACCAUGAAAUGCAUGUGAUUAUUCUACGGUUCUCAAGAGUGGGGAAAAUUUUAUCACUGGCAUUGUUUAGAAUUGCUAGUGUGGGGUUAUAAUAAAUAAGCAGA